AUGCCCGAGGCGAUGAAUAUGCCAUUAGAAUUGGCCGAACCAGAGCCCGAACAGACCGCAAAGAAAGGAUUCUUCAAGAAGCUGUUCAUGAAGAUUGGAGAACGAGUGGGGAAUGUGAAACAGACCGAGCUCAGCAAGGAGUACCUGGAUGCGGUUAACAGGGUGGAUGCGUAUCAUGUAAGGAGUUCGGAAGCUUUUUUAGACGUCUUUUUUACUGCUUUCCCAAAAAUAGGGCCGCCACGAAGCCCAAGACUUCAUAAAGCUAACCGCUUUCAGGCCGUAGUUCAAGAGGUCUGCAAGCAGUGUUGCAGGAUGAUUCAACAGAAUCCCCAGCACUUUGCGGCUGCCGAAAACAUGCAUGUUCAGUCGCCCAAGGGAAAGGACCCGUUCGAAGAGCUUUGUCAAUACCUGAAGCCGGCCAUUAAAGAGCUCCCGAAGCCAGAGGUGAGUCAACUGGCCUACACUAAACCUAUUCCUAAUCAAAUUUUGACAAAAGUCACUGUCAACUUCGACAAAUUUAACUGUCGAAUCCAACAAUUUUUAGCCGAUUACCGCAGCUCGUGAGAGCUGUAAGCGGUUGGCGCUGUUUCAUCGGCAGAUGCAGGACGACGUCAGAAAGGCGAUGCAUUUCCUCCGCACCUUCGUCAACGUGGACUACCCGGCGUUCGAGGAGGAGCGGCAGAAACUGCUCAAGGUUAGGCAGCAAAUGGACCGGGCAAGAGCGGAUUACGAGAUUGGACCGACGGAAGGAAAGAAGUACAGCUAUGGGAUGGCCAAACAACAGUUUCUGGAGCAGACUGACAAGGUGGGAUAUGGAUGAAGACAUCUUGUGCUGUAUUUUGAGGACUGCGGAAAAAUUCAAGUUAUCGUGUUGGGACCCAAAUAUGAGUAUUUUAUCGAAAAAUAGACCUCAAAUUUAAAUUUAGCCCUUAAAUUUUGCAGGUCAUGCAAAUGGUGACCGACAUCAACAAGAAAAAGGAAGACCAUGUUACGGAUUUGAUUGUGAUCCUCCGCGCCAUGCACAAGUACCAUCACCAAUCUAUGCUCGAAUGCCAGUCCCUUCGGCCCCAACGUGCCAUUUUGGGCGAACCCACUCGAUAUGAUUUGCUUUAG